GAACUGCGUCAGACAGUCAUAGUACGCCGCGGUACACAGUGAUGUUUCAGUUCACUCCCGUCCGCUAAAGCUAUCUGUUAUGCGUUUUUGUGCCAGUUCUCUCGGGACCGCAUAGUAUACGGUGGCCGCUGCACUGUGUUGAUCGCCCGUAUGCAACUCAUCGUCAGUGACGCUCGUUGUUUCCGAUGCUAGUGGGAUAAUUAUAUUAUCAGUUUACCAGCCCGAAUACACGUCUCAAGUGAUAGUGUUUUUAGUGUUUAAUACCCAUUAAACGUAUAUGGGUGCAAAAUAAUUGCAACACAAUAUCAUCCCAAAAAUGAUACCGCGAGUAUUACAAGUGAUCUUGCUGCUUCACUGUCUGGUGCAGUUCAUCACAGCGCAAGGUAGCACGUGCUGCGAAUCGUACUGUUACAACGAUGAUACGGAACGCAAACAGGUGAAACAUUUUGCUACCAAAAACGUAUACGAACUGAUCCGCGCACCGGAUACUGAUCGACAGCAUAUUGUGCCAAAUUGUGUGCCGGUAAAGUUUUGGUUACUAAGCCGUCAUGGUACAAGACUUCCGGGUAAGAACGAUAUCAUCGAAAUGCCAAAGCAGCUGAAGCUGCUGCAAGAUUCCAUCAUGGACAACUACUUUACGCGCCGCAAUCCCCCGGAUAAUGGUCGCAUGUGUGAUGAGGAUUUGGAAAUGUUGCGAAACUGGCACUGGGAUCCGAACAUUACCGAACAGUAUGAUUCACAUCUAACCGAACAGGGAUGGGAGGAUCUGAAGUAUCUUGCAGUGCGCGCCAAGGAGAAAUAUUGGCAGGUGUUUGGUAGUGGUUAUCAACCCUCCAAGUUUACGUUCCGUCACACAGCAACCCAGCGCACUGAGGCAAGUUUUAAGGCGUUCGCCGAAGGACUAUUUGGUCGUGAGGAAGCCCAACGGGUGAAACCUACGCCGGCAGCGGAUCCGGACCUAUUACUCAAACCAUACGACUCCUGUCCAGAUUAUGAAACGAACAAGAACCGUGACAUGCGCGAUGAAAACUCGGAAGUGAACAAAUUCCUGCGUUCCGCGCUGUUCACCGGGACGGUAUGGGACAUUUCGCAGCGGCUCGGCUUCCGGCACAAUUUAAGCGUGGAUCAGAUCGAAGUGAUGUGGGAUGCUUGCCGAUACGAACAGGCGUGGCGAAUUUCACGUCCCAGCCCGUUCUGUACCGCUUUUACCGAGGAUCAGGUGCGAGUGCUCGAGUACAAGGAGGAUCUUGCGUACUUUUAUCGUAACAGCUACGGAUACAGCCGUAGCCAGGAUCUUGCCUGUCAUGCGAUGGCCGAUAUGCUUCGUCAGCUAACGUCCCGUGAGGAUCCAUCAGUGGUGGCGUACUUUACGCAUGAUUCGGAAAUCCAGCUCUUCCUGGCAGCACUAGGUGCAAAGCGUGAUUCCACGCCAAUACGGGCCGAUAAUUUUCCGUUCAUGCGCAACCGCAAAUACACGUCAAGUGACAUCCCAUUUGCAGCUAAUGUAGCGGCGGUAAAGUAUCAGUGCGCCGAACAGCGGGAACCGGAAAAAGUGAUAUUUUUCCUCAACGAGAAGCCUAUCAUGCUGGAUUGGUGCAGCGUGGGACUGUGCAACUGGUCAGACGUCAAGCGACAGUAUCAAAGGUUCACCGAGGACAACUGCGAUCGGUUGUACUGCCAGAACAGCGGUGCAGCAGCCACAGUGUGGUCUCAUCUUGCUGUUGGAUUGGCCGUUUUCUUGUUUGCUUCGGCACGACAUCUUACCUUGUUGUAGUAUUAUUUUGUCGCGGACGAAGCACCACUUUGAGGCGCUUGUGUCAUCCAUUGGUGGCAUUUUUCGAUCAUACUAAAGAGAAAAUGUAUGCAUUAUUUUACAACACCACGA